AAAAAAAAAAAAAAAAAAAUAGUACAUGACGUAUGAUUCCAUGGAUGGAAAAUCCAAAACAGGCAACCCUAUUUUAUGGCGUUAAAAGCCAGGGAUGUAGUAAUGUUUUCUUUAUUGCUCUGAAUCAGGAAAUGUGCGUGUUACGGAAAAUGGUUGAGCUGUACACUUGUGAUUUGUGUGCCUAUAUAUCAACUCUUAAAUCUGAAAAAUAAGGUGAUGUGGUUCCCUCUUGAGUCAUUCCUGACCCUGGUGUCCCCUAGGUUUGGUGUUUCAGCGGGAGUUUUCCACACUUCCCCCUUUCGGUUGCACUUCUAGGGUGUGCUGUGAUUCUAACGUACCUGUCUGUCCCCUGGGGACCAGAGAACUGGAUCUGGCUGGUCCACCGCAGUCCCCCUAGUCGUUGGCACAGUGGCUGCCCAGCCCGUGUGGAGCUGCUCAUUAAAUGACUGUGGUGUAAUGCCUCGAUAGGUCCCUAACCCUAACUAAUGUUACGCACUUGCUGAAUCACUGCCACAAUGACAACCCGAAGAGCAGAGGAAGAGGCUGUGACCGGAGCAGAGAAGAAUGUGAACAGAAACGACAUCCACAACGCACUGACCGCCAGGCUCUUCCAGCGAGGCAAGCGAAAGGGGAGCCGCCCCGCGCCAGCUUCUUUGCGACAGAAAAGACCUCAAAUUCCACUGAAACUGCUCUUCGAGAAUGAGGCCAACACUGAACUACUUGGGACUGAAUCCAGCAGCCCAGAUUGUCCCCCAAGGACCAUGCCAAUCAGCCCAACUCCUUAUUUGAGGGAUGCCCUACAGGUACCCCUCAUUCACACCCCAGACUGCACCACUCACUCUGUCCCUCACUCCGCUCCUCCCUGGUGCUCCUCAUCUCUGGGAGGGGCAGUACCUCCACCCAGAAACCUGGCCAUCCGACUUAACCCACUUCUUGUUGCUGGCAUCACCCUGGGAACCAUGAUGGUUCAGGCACUCCCUGUCUCUGCCACACGGACUGCAACCACAGCCUCCAUCUGGCCUCCUUACUGCCUUGACAUCCUCAUCUGCUUUCCACAAGGUCACCCAGGUUCAGCUCAGAGGUCAACUUCCCUGGAGAAGCUUCACGGAGAAACCCCUUUGCCACCCUCCUACUCCCACCCUGCGUGAGGUGUCUGUGUUGUGUGCUUAUGCCAGCACUGUGGGGGUCACACUGUAUUUGAUCUAGGGAUGAGGGGCUAGGAGGGGCAGGGCUAUGAAAGUUCCAGCAAAGACAGGACUAUGUUUUGCUUGCUGGUAUAUCUCAACAUGUGACCCUGAGCCUGGCCAACAGUUGGACUGAAUAAAUGUUGGUAGAAUACAUGGCAAACCCAUCCCUCUUCUUUACAACCAACUCCCUGCAGGAACUCAGGAAUGGGAGGUACUUGCUUACAAGCAAGACACUUACCACCUAGGAUCUAAGAAGGACUCUGUCCGCCAUCUUGGAGCUUGUGGAGGCUUGCUGGGAACAGGAAGGCUGUGAUCCAAGGCCAUUUUUGCUGGCUAUAAAUGGGGUUUCCAGAACCAAAGUAGGCACACAGCUCUUCUUAAAAUUGAGCAUUUAUGCCUGGGAUGAAACUCAAUUCUAUCUGGGCAAGAGAUGUGCUCAUGUAUACAAAGCAAAGAACCACACAGCGACUCCUGGUGGCACACUAAACAAAAUCAGAGUAAUCUGGUAAAAAGUAACCUGAGUUCAUGGAAACAGUGGCAUGGUUUACGCCAAAUUCCCAAUCUUCCUGCUAAGACUACGGACACAUAAUCUGUGUGAUACUGCACCGCUCAAGGAUUUAACUAAUGAAAGGUGGGUUUGUGCUCAUUUUUUGUUUUGUUUUGUUGUAAAAGAGCUCCCUGUCCUGGUAUAAGGCUAAUGGGGUGCUUCAAAAGCUCCUGCUGUACAAUGAAAAGAGACAGAAGACCGGAGGGAAGGAGUCAAUCACAUGUAUUGAUUGAUGGAUAGGGUAAACAGACAAUCAAGAAACCUGAGCCAGGCUGCCCCAGAAUGCUCCCAUGCCUGGGCUGUCUGCUAAGAGGGUCAGAGGCAGUCUUUCCUGGUC